UGCUGGCCGCCUGCCUGCAUGACUUCUCCCUUUCGCUGCAGAGCAAAGAGCGGAAGGAGCCGACUGUUUCCCGACUGCAGCUCGCUCUCCGCCGUCAGUAGAGGGCAAAAGCAACAAAACAACAAAAAAAAAGCAACCCCGUCUGUGUGGCAUGUGACAGCCAGCGAGCCCCUGUGACGUGAAGGAAGAGACCGGGACGCGGCUCGAGCUUGUGCCGGGGAGGAGCGACUCUCGGCGGGUUCGGAUGGAGAGCCUGUGCGGAGCGGAGCUCCCCUUCUGGGUAGCCAACCAGACGUUCCACAGAAGUCGGCCCGACCUCCCAGAAUGUUUCCAGCUGUCUGUCCUGUCGUGGCUGCCCUGCAUCUACCUGUGGGCCGUCUUCCCCAUCUACCUCUACUAUCUCAACAGGAACAAGAAAGGCUACAUCAUGAUGUCCAUCCUGAACAGGUUCAAGACGGCUUUCGGCUUGUUCUUGUGGAUCAUUUGCUGGACGGAUCUGUUCUACACGUUCCACGAGCUGCGGCAGGAUCUCACCCGGCCGCCCAUCUUCUUCAUCACCCCGCUGGUGCUCGGUAUGACCAUGCUGCUGGCCACAUUUCUGAUCCAGUUUGAGAGGUUACGCGGGGUUCAGUCCUCAGGGGUCCUCUUCAUCUUCUGGUUCCUGUCUGUGCUGUGUGCCAUCGUGCCUUUCCGCUCCAAGAUCCUGAAGGCCUCCAAAGAGAACGGAGUCACAGACAAACUGAGGUUCACCACAUUUUACUUCUACUUCAGCCUGGUCGCGUGCGAGCUCAUCCUCUGCUGCUUCAAUGAGAAACCUCCGCUUUUCUCCGACGUCGUCACUGACCCCAAUCCCUGCCCUGAAACCACCGCCGGUUUCCUCUCCACCGUGACGUUCUGGUGGUUCACAAGGUUGGCCAUUAAAGGCUACAAGAUGCCUCUGGAGGCCAAAGACCUGUGGUCUCUGAACCAGCGCGACAGCUCCAAGGUGAUGGUGCCCAAACUCCUCAAAGAGUGGGAGAAGGAGCAGGUCAAGGCCAAGAGCGACGAGCAUCUGUCCAGCCAAGCCACGUACGCCAAGCCCCCGCCGUCGUCCAGCAACCACGUCUCAGGAGGCGCCGGGGGACCUGACACCAGCCCCGAGGAAGUGGAGGUCCUGCUGUCCAGUCAGAAAGUUUCCCCCCGCCAGCCAUCGUUCCUGCGCUCCCUCCUCAAAGCCUUCGGGCCAUACUUUUUGAUCGGCUCAGCCUUCAAGCUGCUGCAGGAUGCCAUCACCUUCGUCAACCCUCAGCUGCUCAGGAUGUUGAUCUCGUUCACCAAGCAGGAGGAUGCUCCUGCGUGGUGGGGCUACACGCUGGCCUUCCUCAUGUUCUUCACAGCGUUACUGCAGACCUUGGUCCUCCACCGCCACUUCCACUACUGUUUCGUCACGGGCAUGAACGUCCGCACCGCUCUCAUAGGAGCCAUCUACAGGAAGUCGCUGGUGAUAACAAAUGCCGCCAAGCGUUCGUCCACGGUGGGGGAGGUGGUAAAUCUGAUGUCUGUGGACGCGCAGAGGUUCAUGGAUCUUACCACCUUCCUGAACAUGCUGUGGUCCGCUCCCCUUCAAAUCGUCAUGGCGCUGUAUUUCCUCUGGCAGAACCUGGGGGCGUCUGUGCUCGCUGGAGUGGCUGUCAUGGUCAUGCUCAUCCCUUUUAACGCCGUAAUUGCCAUGAAGACACGGGCCUACCAGGUGGAGCAGAUGCAGCACAAGGACUCUCGCAUCAAGCUGAUGAACGAGAUCCUGAACGGCAUUAAAGUCCUCAAACUGUACGCCUGGGAGAAGUCCUUCAAAGAAAAGGUGCUGGCCAUCCGGCAGAAGGAGCUCAACGUGCUGCGCAAGACGGCCUACCUGGGAGCGCUGUCCACCAUGGCCUGGACCAGCGCCCCGUUCCUCGUCGCCUUGACGUCGUUUGCCGUGUAUGUGACCGUGGACGAGAACAACGUCCUGGAUGCCGAGAGGGCCUUUGUGUCGCUCUCACUCUUCAACAUCCUCAGGUUUCCUCUCAACAUGCUUCCCCAAGUGAUCAGCAGCAUCGUGCAGGCCAGCGUUUCUUUGAAGCGAAUCCAGACUUUCCUGAGUCACGAUGAGCUGGACCCGAACUCAGUCGACAGGAAGAGCGCAGCCCCCGAGUUUUCGGUGACCGUGGUUAAUGGGAAGUUCACGUGGGCUAAAGAAGAGCCACCUGUUCUGGACAACAUCAACGUGAUGGUGCCGCAGGGCUCCCUGCUGGCCGUGGUGGGCCACGUCGGCUGCGGGAAGUCGUCCCUGAUCUCAGCGCUGCUGGGCGACAUGGAAAAGCUGGAGGGGGACAUCUCUGUGCGGGGCUCGGUGGCUUACGUACCGCAGCAGGCCUGGAUACAGAACGCCACGCUGCGGGACAACAUUCUGUUCGGGAAAACCUACAACGAGCAGAAAUACCGCUGCGUUCUGGAGGCCUGCGCCUUGACGCCGGACCUGGAGGUGCUUCCUGGAGGAGACUUGACCGAGAUAGGAGAGAAGGGCAUCAACCUCUCCGGCGGUCAGAGACAGAGGGUGAGCCUGGCUCGAGCUGUGUACAGCGACGCUGACGUCUACCUGCUGGACGACCCGCUGUCUGCCGUGGACGCCCACGUGUCCAAACACAUCUUUGACAACCUCAUCGGUCCAGAAGGGGUGCUGAAGGGCAAGACUCGCAUCCUGGUGACACAUGGCAUCAGCUACCUGCCUCAGGUGGACAACAUCAUGGUGAUGGUGGAUGGCCGGGUGUCGGAGAUGGGCUCCCACCAGCAGCUGCUCAAUCAGAACGGGGCCUUCGCUGAGUUUCUCAGGAACUACGCGCUGGAAGACAUGGUGGAGGAGGACGAGGCCACCGAGGAGCGGAUAGAGGAGGAGGAGGAGUUAUUCCCUGAUGACGCCCUGAGCAACCACCACACAGACAUGGUGGACAAUGAACCGAUGAUCAAUGAGGCUAAGAAAACCUUCAUGAGGCAGAUAAGUGUCAUUUCGUCCGAUGGUGAGAACCCCAGAUGCCGCUCAGUGAGGAGACACGGCUGCAGCCAAAGGAAACAUCCAGAGCCCCAAGAGAAGAAGAAACCACAAGAGGUGGAGAAACUGAUCCAGGCAGAGGCGGCAGAAACCGGCCGGGUAAAAGGCAAAGUGUACCUGGAGUACGCCAAGGCGGUGGGACUGCUGCUUUCAGUGGUCAUCUGCAUGCUGUACGGCUGUCAGAGCGCAGCCGCCAUCGGGGCAAACAUCUGGCUCAGCCACUGGACCAAUGACGCCUCAACAAAUCAAACCAAGGAGAAUGUUCACAUGAGGGUGGGGGUGUACGCGGCACUGGGGAUCGCACAAGGUUUGCUGAUUUUGGCUAACUGCCUGUUGUGCCGGGCCUACAGUACGCUGAAGGCAGCCAAGAUCACGCACUGCAACAUGCUUCAGGGGGUCCUGCGGGCUCCGCAGGCCUUCUUCGAGAGCACCCCCACUGGGCGGUUACUAAACCGCUUCAGCAAAGACGUGGAUGCUAUAGACUCCCACAUCCCAGAAAAUAUUGACAUAUGGAUGCGCACUUUCUGGUACACACUGAAUGUGCUGCUCAUAUGCUCUGCCCUCACCCCAAUGUUCCUCAUAGUCAUAGCCCCGUUAAUGGUGUUCUAUUGGUGGGUUCAGAGAUUUUACGUUGCCACGUCUCGGCAGCUUAAGCGUCUGGAGUCGGUCAGCCGCUCUCCCAUAUACUCCCAUUUCUCUGAGACCAUCACUGGCUCGAGCGUAAUCCGAGCCUACGGCAGGAACUCUGCCUUUGUUCUGAUGAGUGACAUGAAAGUUGAUGAGAACCAAAAGAGUUACUACCCGGGUAUAGUGUCCAACAGGUGGCUCGGAGUGCGUAUCGAGUUCAUCGGGAACUGCAUCGUGCUGUUCGCCGCUGUGUUCGCGGUGACGGGAAAGAACAGCCUGAGCCCCGGCCUGGUGGGUCUGUCGGUGUCCUACGCUCUGCAGGUGACCAUGUCUCUGAACUGGAUGGUCCGGAUGACCUCUGACCUGGAGAACAACAUCGUAGCCGUGGAGAGAGUGAAGGAGUACUCCGAGACCAAGACGGAGGCCCCCUGGGAAGUGGAGGACAAGAAGCCGCCUCCUGAGUGGCCCACGGAGGGGAACGUGGAGUUCCACGGCUACAGCGUCCGGUACCGAGAGGGCCUGGACCUGGUCCUGAGGAACAUCACGCUGAAUGUCAAGGGAGGGGAGAAGAUUGGGAUUGUAGGUCGCACAGGGGCUGGAAAAUCGUCCAUGACGCUCUGCCUGUUCCGGCUGCUGGAAGCUGCGGCGGGAGAGAUCACCAUCGAUGGGGUGAAGAUAUCAGAGAUCGGCCUCCACGACCUGCGGUCGAAGCUCACCAUCAUCCCUCAGGAGCCCGUGCUGUUCUCCGGGACUCUGAGGAUGAACCUCGACCCGUUCGACAAGUACGACGACGAAGAGGUCUGGAAAGCUCUGGAACAUUCCCACCUCCACAAGUUUGUCAGCAAUCAGCCGUCAAAGCUGGAGCUGGAGUGCGCAGAGGGAGGAGAGAACCUCAGCGUGGGUCAGAGGCAGCUGGUGUGUCUGGCUCGGGCUCUUCUGAGGAAGACCAGGAUCCUCAUCCUGGAUGAAGCUACCGCUGCUAUCGACCUGGAGACCGAUGACCUCAUCCAGUCCACCAUAAGGACUCAGUUUGAAGGCUGCACCGUCUUCACCAUCGCACACAGACUCAACACUAUCAUGGACUACACAAGAGUGCUGGUGUUGGACAAGGGACAGGUAGCCGAAUUUGAUACUCCCACGAACCUCAUAUCACGGAGGGGAAUCUUCUACGGCAUGGCUAAAGAUGCCGGACUGGCUCAGUAGAGCUGCCUUGAUGUCCCCGCGCUGCAAACCAGGCUUGAGAACCAGCUCAGUUUACUUCAGUCAGAGUUUGUUUCGGACCUGGCGGCGGGACUCUUUGUGCGGACUCGUUUUUUUGGUUUAAUUUUUUCCUGGUUUUGAAUGAAUCCGGGAUUCUUUUUCAGACUUGGGCCAACUGGCACUUGCAAGGAGUCGUAGCGUUUUGUCAACAACUACAUCGGGACGCUGAGAUGAACUCCUGUAUUGUUUUUGACUGUCCUGCGAGCAACCUCACACCUCCAGUCUCGGCGCCGCCCAGCGCCGCCCAGCACCGCCCAUCUCUGUGGCAAGAAGAAGAAAAAAGCCAUAUGUGCAAACGCUGCUUGGCCCAAGUCUGCUCUGUAGUGCCUUUUUGCCAGAAGAAAGUCAGUGAAUGUAUCGUUUUUAAUCGGCUGGCUGCUGCGACACAAAAAAAGGAGGAUCUUUUUUAUUGUUCUAUGUUUUUUCUAUAAAUGCUGUGCCACUGUACCUUCUUCAUAAGGAAAAAAAAAUGUUUUGUGAUAAUUCCACUUAUUUUUGUACUGUACUAUUAUUUAAGUUACUAUUAAAGAACUGUCUCAUGUAGGGAAAUUUUUUCAGUUAAAUAUGUGAUUCUUCUGUGAACCAAAUCUGUAAAAACUUGAAUUAUGUAAUACCAAAAUAUGAAUAAACCUAUUGCCUUUAUUAAAAAGGAAGA